UGAGAAAUCCCGGCCCAGCCACAGAGGAAGUGCGCGUGCCCGACGGUGCAAUGAUGUGUCUUGAUUUCCCCGGAGUGAGGGGUGGGGGUGGGUCUCCCCGCACAGUUGUGGGGUGGGGAUGCUGCAGGGAAUGGUGGCCCAGGACGGGCCCGUUUUCUCCUCCUUCACUGGCCUCUGCUCUUGUUCUUUCCUUUGAAGCAGCAGGCGCUGCCCAGCGUCGCAGCCCCGAUACCAGGCUAGAUGGGCCCCUGCUCUCACUGGGCCUGGCAGGUCCUGAGCAGCAGCUUGUGCAUCCCCCAGAGCCUGGACGCGCAGGGAGGUGGCGGGGGGCAUCUACCAGGCAGAGCUGACCCUGUACGGAGACCCAGUGCGGGAAGACAUGCGGGAGCCGAAGUUCACAGCUGCUGUGGGUGAGAAGCCCAUUCCUCUCCUUUGGCAGGAGCUUUGUGGGCUCUGGAGGGCAGGGGUCAGUGUCAGAGCCAGGGGAGGCUGGAGACCGGCCCCGCUAGGUGCCUAGAUGCUCGAGAGAGAUUGUUCUGUUGCCCCUCGUGCCCGGUGGAAGGAGAUUCUGAGACGGUGACAUGGUAAAAACGUGCACCUAGGGCUUGUGUUCACCUGGAGCUGGGCUGGAGCAGAACUGCACCUCACUCCGAAUUUACAGGCCCUGGCACUGCUGCAUGCUGUAGUUCUGGCUGGAUCACCCCAGCGGAGCUUUCUGUCACCUCGAGAGAGGAACCGGACUGGCUCUUGGAUACUCAGCUGCUGUGGUGCUGGCAGCGGUGUAAAACUCUUAAGCCAGCCAGACUGCUUUGUGGGGUAGCUAUCCUUGUUCCCACCCUGAAUUCGUCUCUCCGCCUUCCAGCCUUGGCCCUUCCUUCUGCCCUUUCCUGCUAGAGCAAAGAGCUGCCAGAAAUCUCCUUGUGGCUGUGCUCGGCUGCCCAGCGCAGUGCUCUGUAGCCCCAGCGAACCAUCCUGGUCAGACAGUUCUCAAGCUGCACUGGGAAACUAGGCGACGGAGCCAUGAGUGAGAGCGAGGAGGGGGCUCCCCACCUGGACAGGAUCAGGCCAGAGAGCGAGGAGGGGAUUCCCCAGAAAGAUGGAGCCAUGAGUGAGAGUGAGGAGAGGGCUCCCUGCCUGGAUGGAAUCGGGACGGAGAGCCAGGAGGGGGCUGGGACAGUGGAGCCACAGGGGAACGCUUGCUGGAGCCAGAAGCAGACUGAGGGACAGUGGGGCAUCAGCCGCUUCGAGGUGAGACCAACAAUCUGUGCCGAGUGCGGAGAGAGCUUUGAGGAUGGUGUGGCUCUGCUGACCCACCAGGGGAUGCCCUGCAGAGGUGCGGUAGCGAAGCCGUUUGGCUGUUCCGGCUGUGGGCGGCGGUUCAGCCGCAGCUCCAACCUGCUGCGCCACCAGCGGGUACACACAGGUGAGCGCCCCUUCACCUGUGCUGACUGCGGCCGGUGCUUCAGCCAGAGUGCUCACCUGGCCAAGCACCGGCGCCUCCAUGGCACCGCGGGGCUCCCCACCCCGCCAGCGGAGCGCAGCUACAGCCGCAGCCCUGAGUUCCUGCGGUUCCAGCGGGCCCACGCCGGGCAGCGCCCCUUUGCCUGUCCUGACUGCGGCAAGCGAUUCAGCGCUGGCUCCUCCCUGGUGCAGCACCAGCGCAUCCACACGGACGAGCGUCCUUUUCCCUGCCCCGACUGUGGCAAGCGCUUCCUGCGGGCCCCGGACCUGGCGCUGCACCAACGCAUCCACACGGGCGAGCGCCCCUUCCCCUGCCCUGACUGCGGCCGGCGCUUCAUCCGUGGCCCCGACCUGGCACUGCACCGGCGCACCCACACCGGGGAGCGCCCCUACCAGUGCGGCCAGUGUGGGCGCCGGUUCAGCCGCGGGCCCGGCCUCCUGCUCCACCAGCGCACGCACACCGGGGAGCGCCCCUACCAGUGCACCCAGUGCGGCCGCCACUUUAGCCGCAGGUCCAACCUGGGCCGCCACCUAGCCACCCAUAGCAUGCUGCGGGGGAACCCCACCCCAGGGGGAGAGCCCAGUGCAGAGACUCUCAGGCAGCAGGGAAUUGCUGUGGAGGGGGAGGAGUCCCAAGGGCUAAAGGGGCGGAGCUCAGAGGCUGUGACUCAGCAGGGAAUCCCUGUGGAGUGGGAGGAGUCCCAAGGGCUAAAGGGGUGGAGCUCAGAGGCUGUGACUCAGCAGGGAAUCCCUGUGGAGGGGGUGGAGUCCCAAGGGCUAAAGGGGCGGAGCUCAGAGGCUGUGACUCAGCAGGGAAUCCCUGUGGAGGGGGUGGAGUCCCAAGGGCUAAAAGGGCGGAGCUCAGGGGCUGUGACCCAGCAGGGAAUCCCUGUGGAGGGGGAGGAGUCCCAAGGGUUGAAGGGGCGGAGCUCAGAGGCUGUGACCCAGCAGGGAAUCCCUGUGGAGGGGGAGGAGUCCCAAGGGCUGAAGGGGUGGAGCCCAGGCUCCCUGGUGGCUCCCCUGGGGAAGCGCCACGGCUGCCCAGACUGUGGGAAGGGCUUUGCCCAGCGCUCACACCUGCUGGUUCACCGGCGGGUGCACACCGGGGAGCGCCCCUUUCCUUGCCCGGAGUGCGGCAAGCGCUUCAGGCAGAGCUCGGUGUUGGCCCGACACCGGCGCACCCACACGGGCGAGCGCCCCUUCGCCUGCGGGGACUGUGGCCGGCGCUUUGCGGAGAGUGCGGUGCUGCUCCGGCACCGGGCUGUGCACUCCGGCGAGCGCCCCUACUGUUGCAUGGACUGUGGCCGGGGCUUCAGCCUUCGUGCUAACCUCCUCCAGCACCGGCGGCUCCAUGCCCGGCAUCCCCACGUCUGCACUGACUGCGGUAAGGCCUUCAGUGAGGCCGCAGCCCUGGCUGCCCACCAGGGCACCCGGCAUGGGGCCGGCAAACCCUUCGCCUGCACCGGCUGCGGCAAGCACUUUGGUCGCAGCUCCACGCUGGCUCGGCACUGGCGCAUCCACGCUGAACGGCCCCACGAAUGCUCCUGCUGUGGCCGCAGAUUUGGGGAGAGUGCUGAGCUGGCGCAGCACCUGCGGGUGCACAGCGAGACCCCCUAUGAGUGUGCCCGAUGCGGGGAGCGCUUUGCCCAGAGCCACGCGCUGAUCACACACCAGGCCAUCCAUGCCGAGCCAAGCCACGGACAGCGCCACACUGCCCAUGCCAACCCGUCCCCCCUCGCCAAGCAUGGGGACAACGUCCUGCCCAAGUCUGCAGCUGUGUCCCACCAGACUCCACACUGGAUAGGAGCCAGGACAGAGCCCCGGACUCCUGGCUCCCAGCGCCCCCCCCCAACCCAUUAGACCUCAUGCCCCUCCUAGAGCCAGGGAUAGAACCUAGGACUUCUGGCUCCCAGCCCCCCCUGCUCUGACCACUAGGCCAGGA